AGACCUCACUUAUUCCAUCGCAGGGGAAUCUGAGGGACACAGGGGGCUCCCCACAUGCAUCUGGGGGUCACACACUACUAGAUUACAAAUGGACUCUAUGGGCACCUUGAGGACACCAUGCGGCCUUCUGGCUCUUCUGAUGCUCUCAGCGCUGAUGCUCUCACCAACCCUGGCAAUUGAGGUUUACACUGACCGAGAGAUACACGGCACUCUUGGGUCCAAGGUCACCCUGUCCUGCACUUUCUGGUCGAGCGAGUGGAUUUCUGAUGAUGUCUCUGUGACCUGGCAUUACCAGCCCGACCACAGCAGGGACACGUAUUCGAUAUUUCAUUACUCCAAGGGACAAGCACAUAUAGAUGACACAGGGAUAUUCAAGGACCGUAUAGAAUGGGUGGGGUGGCCCAGAAGUAAGGACGGAUCCAUCGUACUCCGCAAUCUGGAAUAUGCAGACAAUGGAACCUUCACCUGUGAUGUGAAGAACCCACCAGAUGUGGUGGGAAAGUCAUCUUACGUUCACCUGCUGGUCCAUGACAAAAGUCCAGUCCGUGCUGGGGUAAUUCUUGGCAUCAUUAUUGGGGCAGCACUGGGAAUUGUCAUUAUUGUGGCCUUGCUCGGCUACCUUAUCCGAUACUGCUGGCUGAGACGACAAAUCCGAGUGCACAGGGAACUCAGUGCUCUAGAAAGAGGAAAACUUCACAAAUUAUCCAAGGGUUCAUCAAAGGGUAUCAGACAGACCCCGCUCCUCUCCAUGCUAGACCAGAGCCGCAGCUUUAAAUCCAGCGACAAGAAGUCCAAAGGGAUUGGAGACUCCCGCCGGAAAUAGCAAUUAGCAGGCAGGGAAGGUACACAAAAGGCAGAAGAGGAGUCCCCCCGCAGCUCCAAGGUGAUCUACACCAUCGAGAUGGAACUGAGGGGGGACGAAGAUGGGGAUCAGCCCCGCAGAGCUGCAGUAAAGUCCCCCAGCAAAACCAGCCUCAAAAACGCCUUAAAGAAUUUAAUUAAAAGUGACUCAGAGAAACACACUUAAUAAACUGGAGAACACUGGGGACCUGGGAGAAGGUCUAUAUUGGGGUCUAUACUUGAGAGAGGGUCCAUCCGCUUUAUCCAUUCUACACGUCAACCAGACUGGACCAUCGCCAUCCAUUUAUUACUGUGGGUUUUUUAUAGCUAAUAUAUGGUGCUAAACACAAAUAAUAAUAUGAAUACAGACAGUCCUCUUCAAAACUCAUGAUAGCUUUCAAAGUGUCUGGCAACCAUAUCCAGCCAAAAAUCAACAACCAGUUGUUUCUGAUCUGAUUCCAUUUUCCUAAAAUAAGAUAACAGAAUGUCCUUGAGUGGGACCCUCCUCUGUUCCCCAGCUACAUCUCUCUCCCAGGUCCCCAAUGCCCUUCUGUUGUGGCUUAUGCCCUUUAAUAAUGUUUUUGUGUUAAACAUAGACCAUCGUGUACCUUUCCCUGCGGGAAACUAGCAAGAACUUUCCGAGAAACCAAGAAUUAAAGUAGGACUCCUCUGGGAUACUGGGACCCCCCCACCAAGUUAUAUAGCCUAGAAAUGGUCCAAGUUAUAUACCCUAGGAAUGGCUGCAAUGCAUUGCAAAGCAAAUUGUACCCACCAGGGGGCGCCCCAUGUAAUCUCAUAGGAACAUUGAUUUAUAUGAUCAAGUGAUGGGCCAGAGGGCAAUACUUUGUUCCCAUUAAGUCCAAAGGAACCUUUGUACACAGAAUCAGAGAAAACCCUAAUGAAGCAUUUCCAUGGCUUAUAGAAACCUGCCCCAUACUUGAUCAUGUUAAAUAGCCAUCACCCACAGCUGCACUUAGCUCCGCUGUAUACCACCUGUAUACUCCAACAGUCUGGCAAUGCAUUCUGGGACUGGCGGUCUAAAAGAUGGCGCACACGAGGUCCAAGCCCAAGUAAGACAGCACCUUAUACUCAAUUUAAAAAAGUCAUAUAUGCACCCACUGUCUGAUACCAGCAUGACGCACAGUGGUCCUUGUAAUGCCUGGACUGGGCUGCAGAUCUCAUGUAUUCCUAUCAUCGCUUUCUGUCUGUACAAGUAUUGCCCUUUAUACCUCUCUCCAGGGCAAUAUUUCUACAGCUUACACCCUUCCCCCCACCUUGCUGCCUCCGGGGCAGAAAAGGGUGGCUAAUCCUUGGUGGUUUUUACAAACCCCAAAGAUGCUGGAUGGGCCUUUAAACAAUUGCAAUCCCAGCAUGCAUUUGGGGUUCUAAUAGCCCCGUUGUGGUACCCCAGAUCCCUCAAUGUAAGUCGGUACUGUUUAGUAGCCCCAAGGGCAACAGGCAGGGGUGAUAGGACUUAAUUCUCCUCUGAUUCCUCUGUCCUUCUUGAGUUCUCUGCAGGCCUCAAGUCGUCCAAAUUUAGGUAAUGUUGUUUUAAUAUCAGGUUGUUAUCUUGUUGUCUUGCGUUUAUCUUUUUUCUAUGGUGCUGCAUCACAUGCCAUUUUCCUUCCGGGAAACUGAGGCAACAUGAAGUUUCUUGGGGUUUAAUUUUUUUUUGUAUUUAUAUGAAAGAGAAACAACACAACAACAAAAAAUCAUUUUAUUCCCCUACGUUCGGGCCCCAUGUAAUUAAGAAUUAACCCAAUUGACUUUUAUUAUUUUUGAUCUCCGGAUUUGCAAUAGACAACCUAUUCACAACUCAGAAGCCAAACUUGACAUUAGGACAUUGCAAUGCAUUCUGGGUUAUUUAUCUCUUCUGGUAGUUUUGAACAUUGCGUGCGAUUGGCUGGCAUAGAGGUAGCCAUGGUAUUAUGGGUACUGUUGUCACAAUGUCAGGAUGUCCCGAGAAAUGAAACGGCCUCACGGUAAACGAUAUAACUGGUUUCCACCGGACGAGACUCUGGGCCUGCUCUAUAUCAAUGUGAUCAGUCAACAGUACGCACCACUAUUAGAAGCAGAGAUGUUCCCUGUCCGCCCUCUAUAUAUACAGUAUAUAUAUGUGUGUGUAUGUAUGUAUGUAUGUAUGUGUGUGUAUAAAUGUAUAUAAAUAAAAGAUUGAUAAUGUACAUGCAUUGUACCCCCCGCCCCCACUGUACAAAAAAUUGCACACAGCCACCAAAAUUAAAAUUGUUAAUAAAAACUGACAUUUCUGAGAACGAAAA